AUGGUGAAUUUUUGUCCAUACUAUAAUAGUGUGGCUGCUGAAGGAUUAAUGUGUAUCAAGUUUGGGAGUUGGCUGUGUCCCAAGAUCAAGCAAGGUAUUGGGUAUCAAGAGAUCUGCCGAUUUUCUGUGCUGGUAAAUAAGUGCAGAAUAUAUGAUGAGGACAAUAGAGCCCGAUUUUCUCACUAUAAGAGUCUUAGUGUGAAGAAAGGGAAGGAUCAGAGUCGUGGGAAAUUGUAUAGUGAUCUAGCUAAAAAAGGUAAACAGAAGGCUAAUCAGAAGGCUGCAUGUGGGAAAGACCAAAGUAGGGAAAAAACUCCUAAUUCUGUGAGAUGUUUAAAAUGUGAUCGUAACAUAUCGUCUAAUAUUUCCAAGUGCAAGAGUACAACUGUGAAUUACUUCAAGUGUUGGAAGUCAGGUCACCGAGCUGCUGAUUGUAGGAGUAGUAAUCUGACUUGCUUUACUUAUGAAGAGAAUGGUCAUAAUAGUACUCAGUGUGUGAAACCUAAGAAGGCUCAAUCUGAAGGGAAAGUUUUUUCUUUGUCUGGGAAAGAGACUACUGCUUCUGAUUAUUUAAUUCAAGAUACAUGCUUUAUUAAUAAUAUUCCUUUAAUUAUAUCUACCGAGUGUGUGAUAAGAUUGAGUUUGGAAGUGUAUGCUAUAAAUGGUAGCAUGGUUAUUGAUACUCCAACUAAUGGUUCAGUGACUACUUUGUUGCUAGGUGAGCUGAAGAAACAGUUAGAGGAUCUACUUGAGAAGAAGUUUGUUCGAACUAGUGUUUCAUUGUGGGGAGGGCCGAUGCUGUUAGUUAAGAAGAAAGAUGGUUGCACGAAGUUAUGUGUUUACUAUCGAUUGCUGGAUGAGGUUACUAUUAAGAAUAAGUAUCCACUUCCAAGAAUUGAUGAUCUGAUGGAUCAGUUUUUUGGUGCUUGCGUGUUUAACAAGAUUGAUUUGUGUUAG